AUGGAGAGGCGAAAAUGUCUCCUUGUAGCCGCCAUUGAUUUUGGGACCACGUUCAGUGGCUAUGCCUUUUCGUUCACCUCUAGCAAGGAUAAUAUCAUCAUGAAUAAAAACUGGGGUAGUGAAUCGGGGUUUCUAGCCCACAAAACUGAAACCUCGGUGCUCCUCAAUCCUAAAGGAGAGUUUAAGGCGUUUGGGUCCGAAGCUUCCAGUAUGUAUGCUGAUCUUGAGCAGAGUGACGCUACGAGGCACUUCUACUUCCAUCGUUUUAAGAUGGAACUAUAUACAGAGAAGAAGUUGACAAAGGACACAACAAUCAAAGAUGCAAAUGGAAAACGGCUACCAGCCAUCGACAUUUUCGCCCACGCCAUGAGGUACUUGAAGGACCACAUGCUGAGGGCCAUCAAGCUGACAGUUUCGUCAGAGAACGAGUUAGAGGAUGACGACAUCUGCUGGGUCCUGACUGUUCCCGCCAUCUGGGACGACAGUGCGAAACAGUUUAUGAGGCAGGCCGCGUACAAGGCUGGAAUAGCCAGUGAAGAUAAUGAUGGGCAACUACUGAUCGCACUGGAGCCAGAGGCAGCGGGGAUAUUCUGUUGUCACGACGCAACGGACAACCAGCUCGUAGAAGUGGAAAAGGGAGACCGGUACAUGAUCGUAGACUGUGGUGGUGGAACUGUGGACAUUGCUGUACACGAAGUCAGCGAAAACAACAAAGCCAAGGAGGUGUCUACUGCAUCGGGAGGAAACUGGGGCGGCACGAAGGUGGACGAGCAGUUUCUCAAACUACUGGACGCUAUCUUUGGUGCAGACCUAAUGGCCCGGUACAAAGUAGCGCACCCAAAUGAGCAUCUCAAUCUCCUUAACGAAUUCGAAACCAAAAAGAGGUCCACUAGUCCCCAUACAUCUGAUGAUGCUGGGGUAGUGGCUGUCCACUUAGGGUACAACUUUUUCCAGUUUUACCCCAAACAUACGGGGGGUCGCACCGUGCAGCAGGCUAUAAAGCAAUAUGGUUCACCACAGGUCGCCUUCUCAAAUGGGUUGAUUCGAAUGAGCCACUCACUGAUGAAAUCGUUUUUCAAACCAGCUAUUGAUUCAAUAUUGAGUCAUCUCGAUACGUUGGUGAAAAAGAAAGGCAUUAUGCCUCUCAAGUACAUAUUCAUGGCUGGUGGCUUCUCCGAAUCACCCAUACUGCAGCAUGCAGUCAAAGAGAAAUUCGAGAGUGUAUGCAGUGUGCUUGUUCCCGACGGAUGUGGUCUGUCCAUAAUCAAAGGUGCAGUAAUGUUUGGCCACAACCCUACUUCAAUAGCAGCCAGGAGAUCAAAGUAUACCUACGGAACGUCUGUCUGUAGGCCAUUUGUCAGAGGCUACCACCCACUUAGGCUAGCGGAACGAAUUGACGGAGAAUUGAAGUGUACUCGUGUGUUUUCAAAGUUCGUUGAGGCAGGUCAGUUAGUGGAAGUGGGAGAAGUGUCAGAGCAUAUCUUUUCUCCAGCCAGACGGCUCCAACGAACCAUGGGCAUUGAAAUCUUCGUAACUAAUGAAAAAGAGGUGGAGUAUUGUGAUGAAGAGGGUGUCACCAAAUGCGGGUAUGUCGUCGUAGGUUUACCGCCCCCUCUAUCUGGCAUUACCCGUGAUGUCAAGGCUACAAUCACCUUCUCUGAAACUGAAAUAAAGGUUGAUGCCUUUGCCUUGGGAAGCGGUGAGAGGGCGUCUACGAAAGUGGACUUUCUGCAGGAUUAA